GUGAAAAGGGGUUACUGUGUUCAAUAGAGACGAGUUCUGCCUCCCACGCGGAUCUAUUGUGUUAAAUGUGGCUAUGGAGAAAAAGGGGGCGGGGCUCUAAACUCUAUGUGACGUGUUCAGCAUCAGGAGCAACGCCUGCCAACCGACAAAAUGGCGGAGUGACUCCCAUCAAUGACAGCUCGGAAGCAAAAUCAUGCUUACUUUUCAUUGGUCCUCGGACUGUGGGUUGAUCCACAUUAAAAAUAAUGAAGGAGGGACACAUGUUCCACCCCAGAUACGGCUGGAAGAUGCUAGUCCCGCCCACAAAAACAGACCCCCGGAUAGAACAGCGGUGUGAGGGGAGGAGCCGACUGGCAAUUAUAAACUAAUGCUCCCUGUAACUCCCUGCAACUCCCUUCUCCUGAGACCCUGACAUUCCCAUCCCCUGUACUCACAUCUCCAGCCUGAUCUACUGGAGCUUCCAAGAGAGAGGAUGGAGGUGAAAGUGAAGACUGAAGAGAACCACCUGUCCAUAAUAAAGAGGGAAAUAGACUCAGUUUAUGAUGAUGAUCUGGAGUCCGAGAUAACUCAAAUUACAAUAAAAGACGAGUCUGAUGACUAUGAGAACUCGUUGCAGAAGUCACCAGUUCCAUUAACUGAUGAAGAGUCCCCAGGGAUUGGGUCAGGGCAAGUGAAAUCAGAGACUGAAGCACUUAAUGGGGAUCAUCUCCCCAAGGCUCAGGUGGAUCCCAAAACCAACCAGGGAAAUUUGUCUUCCAGAACACUAAGCCUUUUCAUAAACUCACAAGUGCCAAAAAGCAAUGACCCAUAUGAUACUUUCAAUGAAAUCCAGGGGUCGGCGCAUGGAGGAGAAGUAUCAUCGUGUUUUAUCUGCUGUCAUUGCGGCAUGGUCUUCUCUGAAAACAGGGAUCUUGGCACCCACCAUUGCCCCCGAACUUUGAAUAAGAAAAGUACCAAAUUACAGAAGAAGACCUUCACGGUACAGAAACAUUUUAUGUGUCCUGAGUGUGGGAAGCUCUACAGCAGCAAACAGAGUCUGCAGACCCACCAGCUGAUUCACACCGGGGAGCGGCCAUUCUCCUGCGCAGACUGCGGGAAAAGCUUCAUAAGGAAACACAAGCUCCUGAGGCACGAGAUGAUUCACAAAGGAGAGAAACCCUAUGCAUGCUCUGAGUGCGGCAAGUGUUUCUCUCAGAUGAGUAACCUUUAUUCUCAUCAGAAGGUUCACACAGGGGAGAAACCCUUCACAUGCACAGAGUGUGGGAAGAGGUUCUCUCAGAUACACAACCUGUACACCCACCAUAAAGUUCAUACGGGAGAGAAGCCGUACUCCUGUCAAGAAUGUGGGAAACACUUCUCACAGAGGAGCGGCCUUCUGGCACACGAGAAGACCCAUUUAGGGGAGAAACCAUUCUCCUGCACUGAAUGCGGUAAAAGCUUCUUUUUAAAGAGCCAGCUUCACAGUCACCAGAAAACCCAUACGGACGAGAAGGGUUUCCCAUGUACAGAAUGUGGCAAGAGUUUCCCUUAUAAGAGUUUUCUCCAGCAACACCAAAGAACUCACUCCGGGGAGAAACCAUUCACAUGUUCAGAAUGUGGCAAAAGCUUCUCUUUAAAGAGCCAACUUCACAGUCACCAAAAAAUUCACACGGGGGAGAAAUCUUUCAUGUGUGCAGAAUGCGGGAAGGGAUUCUCCUACAAGAGCCGACUCCUUCAGCACGAGAAGGUUCACACGGGGGAGAAACCGUUCUCGUGUACAGAAUGUGGGAAAAUGUUCUCUAGGAAGAAGAAUCUUUGUAUCCAUCAUAAAGUUCACACGGGAGAGAAACCGUUUACCUGCAGCGAGUGCGGGAAACGCUUCUAUAACAAGUUCACCCUAAUGACUCAUGCGUUAAUACACACGGGGGAGAAACCAUUCGUAUGCGCGGAAUGCGGCAAAAGUUUCUCACACAGCGGCAGCCUGUACAACCACCAGAGGGCUCACACAGGGGAGAAACCUUUUUCCUGUCCCGAUUGUGGGAAGACUUUCCAAAGGAAGACUCAGCUUCGGACGCAUCAGAUGAUUCACAAAGGGGAGAAACCCUAUGUCUGUUGCGAGUGCGGGAAAUGUUUCUCUCAGCAGGGCAACCUGCACACGCACCAAAAACUCCACACGAGGGAGAGACCUUUCUCAUGCAUGGAAUGUGGGGAGAGUUUCCCUAUUAACAGCAGCCUUAAAAAACACCAGAAAAGUCAUGUGACGAGGUUUCAACAAUAAAGUCUGGCACAGAAUUAGCAUUUACCCAAUAAACAAGAUCUGCUUGGUGGGCUAUUGUUCCUGUGUUAGAGCUGAUUAAAUGGAAGAGUAAUCAUGGGCCAUGUGUCUAUCCAUCAGCUUCUCCCAACCAGAACUUUCUUACUGGAUCACAGUAUCAUUGCCUUGGCCUUCUUCUGCCUUAAUAUGUGGGGCCAAACCAAAAUGUCCCUGGCAUGGGGGGGCAACAAGAUCCCAUAGACAUUUCUAACACCGUGUCUGGCUACUGUUGAGUGCGCUCCGAUAUCCUGGUUAAUAUGGGGCAAGGUAUUGAGCCAAUGAGAGAACAGAGCUUUACCCCUAGUGAGGAUGCACAGUGGUGAUUCAUUAAGGACAUUUGGGUAGUAGUUGCACCCUAUGAACUGAUGGGAGAAAGAUUAAAGGAGAACUCAACCCCCCCAAUAAUAAAACUCCCUACCCAGUACCCUACAUAGUCCCCCCUCCCUGCUCCCCCCCCCACGUAGGUGAUACCUUUAAGUGCCCCAUAUCCUUUAUUUGCCUAUAGGUGCAGAGUAAGCGCAGCAGAGCUCAUGGGUGCAUUGGUAUUGGUAUUGGUGCAUGGGCAGUCGGAUCAGUCUUUCUGUUUGUAGCAACUGUGCAUGCGCCAAAAAUGACGGAAAUUUCCAAAGGGAAAACAGAAUACAGAAGAGUGUAAGGUGGCACCCAUGAGCUCCGCUGCACUUCCUCU